AGCGCCUGCUGUGGCAGCGACGAGCUCCGUCGGCCGCGUCCCCACCCCCGCCACCGAGCCCCUUGCCCGCGAGCCCGCGCCGCCCCCCGGUCAACUUUGAGCGGGAGGAGCAGCAACUUUGACGGUGGCCGCGGGGUUCGGAUCCCGCUUCUCCCCGGCAGCAGAAGCCUCGCAGGUCGCUGGCGUUAGGCGGGGCGAGAGUUUCCCCGGGCGCGUCGGCGCAGCGUCCAGCUGUUUGCAACCUGUUUCCAGCGAGCCGGGAGCGGGAUGGUGGCUGCCAGUCAUCCGCAAAGGGGCAACUCGUUUUUCUCUCCCUGUAGCGACCUCGGCUUACAACUGGAUAAAGCGGUUAUUGAAAGGGUGUAAAAAGGCAGCGCGACUGUUCCCAACUGGAUAAAGCGGUAUGGAAAGGAAGUAAAUAGGCAGAGCUACUGUUGCCGAGAAGGCAGCCGCCCAAAGGCAGGGAGGAACGUGGGGCUUGGUCCGGGCUUCUCCCAGUCGCAACAUUAACCAACAAGCAGGUGCUGGUGGCAACUUUUCAAGGUCGGCCACCGAGAGCAGCGAUUCCCCCUCUGAACCCUGGGGAUACGCGGCGCUCGGGCUGGAUUUGGCUGCGAAAUGCACGGGAAGCCGAAAGAGGAAGGAUUGUAGAAGGGGAGGGUUUGUGACCCAAGACCCAUCCCCCAACCUCUCCGUAAUCUCCCGUCCCCCAUCGCCGGGGCGGGGGUGAGUAUGUGACAUGUGUCCGACUCUCAGCAGCAAUUUAGGCAGCAGGUGUCGGUGCUAACCGGGAGCCACGCUGCCGGGCGCGCCCUCUGCGAGCCAUGCGGGCCCCGGGCGCGCCUCUCGCCCGCACCUCGCGGCUGCUGCUUCUGCUACUGCUCAAGCUCUCCGCCUCGCCUGCCCUCGGGGCCGCUCCUUGGCCCGGGAACGAGGCUUGCCUAGGACAGAACUGUUCGCCUGCACUGAGCCAGCGCCGCAGCAGGGACGCGUGGGGACGAAGUUCUGCAGGGGACCCUCUGCUAACCCGAGCGCCCAGGGAGAAGGAGCCGGAGCCGGCGGCGCGCGCGGCGCCCUGGCGGGACCUCAGGGCUGCCCGGGGCGGUGACCCAGGUGCGGGGACAGGGCCGGAGGUGUCGGCCGCGGAACCCUCGGGACCUCCCGCCAGACCCUCUGGAGCCUGGAGGUGGAGAGGGGCCCGGGGCCAGGAGCCCCCCGGAACUUUGGGAAGAGGGAACCCCCCGGCUCUCCAACUCUUCCUUCGGAGCUCAGAGGGGGCAGAGAAGGGUCCUAGAGGCGCUGGCAUUUCUGGGCACAGCCAGGAGCCGAGUGUGAGGACAGAACCUGCAGCCAGCGACCUUUAUUACUGGCCAAGGAGAGGCGGGAAACCCCAGGGUGCCCACCACGACCCCCCACCCAAGACGGUCGAUGGACCGUCGGGGCACGAAGGGCGGACGAUCGCACCCCCUGGCAGGGCGCUGGCCCAGAAUGGGUCCUCAGGGGAGGGCGUCCACGAGCGCGGGGGGCUCCGCCGGGGGAACAGCACGCACCGGCGCUUGCGACUGAAGAACCCCUUCUACCCGCUGACCCAGGAGUCCUACGGAGCUUAUGCGGUCAUGUGUCUGUCUGUGGUGAUCUUCGGGACCGGCAUCAUUGGCAACCUGGCGGUGAUGUGCAUCGUGUGUCACAACUACUACAUGCGGAGCAUCUCCAACUCCCUCCUGGCCAACCUGGCCUUCUGGGACUUUCUCAUCAUCUUCUUCUGCCUUCCGCUCGUCAUCUUUCACGAGCUGACGAAGAAGUGGCUGCUGGAGGACUUCUCUUGCAAGAUUGUGCCCUAUAUCGAGGUUGCUUCCCUCGGAGUCACUACCUUCACCUUAUGUGCUCUGUGUAUAGACCGCUUCCGUGCAGCCACCAACGUGCAGAUGUACUAUGAAAUGAUAGAGAACUGUUCUUCGACAACUGCCAAGCUUGCUGUUAUAUGGGUUGGUGCCCUACUGUUAGCACUUCCAGAAGUUGUUCUCCGCCAGCUGAGCAAGGAGGAUUUGGGGUUUAGUGGCAGAGCUCCUGCGGAACGCUGUGUUAUUAAGGUUUCCCCUGAUUUGCCAGACACCAUCUAUGUUUUAGCUCUUACCUAUGACAGUGCAAGACUCUGGUGGUACUUUGGCUGUUACUUUUGUUUGCCCACACUUUUCACCAUCACCUGCUCUUUAGUGACUGCAAGGAAAAUCCGCAAAGCUGAGAAAGCCUGUACGCGAGGGAAUAAACGACAGAUUCAGCUAGAAAGCCAGAUGAACUGUACAGUAGUGGCUCUGACCAUUUUAUAUGGAUUUUGCAUUAUUCCUGAAAAUAUCUGCAAUAUUGUUACUGCCUACAUGGCGACAGGGGUUUCUCAGCAGACAAUGGACCUGCUUUAUAUCAUCAGCCAGUUCCUUUUGUUCUUUAAGUCCUGUGUUACCCCUGUCCUCCUUUUCUGUCUUUGCAAACCCUUCAGUCGGGCUUUUAUGGAGUGCUGUUGCUGUUGCUGUGAUGAGUGCAUUCAGAAGUCUUCAACAGUGACCAGCGAUGACAAUGACAACGAAUAUACCACAGAACUUGAACUCUCACCUUUUAGUACCAUACGCCGCGAAAUGUCCACUUUUGCUUCUGUUGGAACUCAUUGCUGAAAGACAGCCUUUUGUUGGUUACAUUUACUUGUUUGAUUUUCAUAUCCUGUGAAAGUUUUUACUUCAUAUUUUUCCCUCCUGGGAAAAAAAUGCAGCAAAAGAGAGAAAUAUUAACUACUGUAGAACUGAUUUUGCAAAUUAAUAUUUGUGCUUUGAAAAAAAUGUUUAUAUUUAGUUAUUUAAGAAAUAUGAGGAGGCCAAUAGUUUUAGGUCAUUUUAUUUGGUAUGGUGCUAAUAUUUUAUUUGAAAAAAGUUACUGCACCUUAAUUGCUAACUUUCUUUCUUUUAAAAAUAUAAUCAGUGUAUAUUGAUUAUAGCCAUGUGAUUUUGUAGGUUAUUUUGAGUUGUGAUGGAAAGUAUAUUGUAUAUGUUAUCGUGAGAUGAUUUGUAGUUAAAGAAGCAUUCACAAAGUAGCACCAAAUAAAUUAUACUUUAUUCUUUAAUAUCAUUGUCAAUCUACUUUUAACCAAGAGUCAAUAAAUCUUUUAAUUGCCUUAAAUACACAAUUAUUGGUUCUACGCACAAUUUAAAAUCAGCUUUAUUGCUUUAAAAUUCUAUUUUCCUUUAAGGCAGGUAAUCACCAUGAUGUUAUAAAGCAGUUUCUAACAGUACUAUUUUAUAUGCAUGAUUCAUAUAAAACUAUAUUGUAUGUUCAGACAAAAUUAUAUUUUUAAUAUUCAGAUACAGAUGUAAAAUUACUUCCGAAUAUUUAUAAAAUAUGAAUAAAUAGACAGCAGAGUAGGAAGAAAGUAUCUUUUUUCGGUUAUUUAUCUCUGAACCAGCAUGUAGAGCCACAGGUUUUCCCAAUAUAAAUUAUGAGCAAAAUCAAGGAUAAAACACAAUGCACUUGUCAUCUAAUUUCCUCUGAAUGUUGACCUUUAAAGCACUCUGAAUUCUAACUUUUCUCCAUUUAAAAAAUGAACUUGGUUAAAUCUGUGUGAUUUAAUUUCUUUAAGUAGAAUGAAAGUACAAUAGUGGAAUAAUAACAUAUUUAUAUAUCUUGAUUAGAACACUUGAAUAUUCAACCACGUUUAAAUUGAUAUUCCAUAAGCUUCCAACAAAAACUAACCUUCUCCAUUUGAAUUAUUUGAUUCUUUCCAGGAGUUUAAGUUCUAACAGUUGUGUAGGAUGUCUGCCUGUAAGGUUUGAGAAUGAAAACAAGGCACUGUUGUCUUCUCGCAGAUCCCUGAAAUAGGUCUUUGGAAAACGUCUCCAGGAUGUCUACACUAGGUUUUGGCUGCUGAGCAGAUUCAGCAAUUGUGAUUCCACAGUGUCUCUCAUGAUAUUUAGUCAACUUUAUAAAUCAAGAAACACUGAUUGAGCACGUGAUACAGAAAAUGCUCUGUGCUAUUAUCUGUAGUAAAUAAAGGUAACCAGAGCUUAGUGUCAGACUUUACAAAACUAGGCAGGAGUGGGAUGACAAAGCAGGAAUAAAACAAAUGUGUAAACGACAAUGGUAUAAGCUGGGACGUUAGGGAGGUGUGAUGUUCCAUGAUUGGUCAGAGAAGAGAAAACGAGCCCACCAGAUUAGAGGAGACCAUGCAAGGCUGUAAGAUAACUGGAUGGGUAGUCCAUCAGAAAGUUAAUAGAAGGUAGUGUGAGAAGUGGACAUUCCACGAGGAGGGAGCCAAUUAAACAAAAGAAUAGAAGGAGGGCUUAUCAUGUGUGACUGAAAAAUAAAUAGUCCAAUUUGGUAUCUGUUCUGUGUGGGCAUAGAAGCCUCAUGGAAUAUGCUGAUGAAAAUAUGCAUCGAGACCAUUUUAUAAAAGGGUCAUGUUUUGAAAGAUGUUUAGAUGGAGUCCUUCAAGCAAUGUGGGUUGGCUUUUAUGGUUUUUGAGCAUUGGGGAAACAUCAUCGUAUCUCUGUAGUAGGAAGAUCAAUCUGAAAACUGUUUAAACAGGCUAUUGGGAAGAGGCUGAAAGUGAAAAACCAAUAAGAAGCUAUUAUAAAGGUUAACCACAAUGAAGGAAGUUAGGACUCAAUUUUCUUUUAUCCUUGACUUUUGACGUUUCAGUAGUUGAAACACGUACCUUCUUAUUGAAUCCUAUUUCUGUCAAAGUAGAAACUUUGAUAACUCCAGUGAAGUUUUCCUAAGUGGAACGUGGUUUGGGAGUUUUCUCCACAGCUUUGCUCAUUGUUUUCUCACAAGAAUUCCUACAGCAUAUAUAUAUAUAUAUUUUGUUGACCUGUUUUGCUCUACUUCUUUCUAAUCCAGAGUCUGUCCCAUGUCUUCCCCUCUUCAAAGUUUCCUUAAAAAGAGAAACUCACACCUUAGAUUAAGUCUACUAGCAUUCUGAUUGGUCAGAAAUCUCUACAGAUGGUGUUUGAGCUACUGAACCAAAUCACUUCUGUGGUUUCAGGAUAGUCAGUGAAACUGUUUUUAAAAAUAUUCUACAUCUAUGCCUAUGUGUGUACAUAUAUCUGUAUCUAUAAUUUCAUAUUAUAAUCAACUUAGCAUUUCUUUGAUGAUUCACAAUUCUGAAAUCUUCAAAUUUAUGAUUUCAAAAAGCAACUCAUUUAUAUUCAACUCAAAGAACUUUUAUUAAACUUCUUUGCACCUGGUGCAAGGGUGGGCAGUUAGAACAUAGAACUAACUUUUCUUAACCUUAAGGUUCCUGCCAUCAAGUAAUUUAUUUGCUGAAAGGGGCAUAUUUGUAAGCAAAAAAAAAUUUAGUGGGAUAAGUGCAGCCUGCAUGAAACAUGGAGUGGAUGGUGGGAAGCUGAAGGUGAAUUGACUCCCUCUGAGGGCUCAAUGAUUAGAAGGGGGUAGGAAUGAAGGCUUCACAAAGGAGAAAGAUCAAAUGUUUAUUGGUCCACAUUUUAGAUCUAAGUGAUUUACAUCUGAAUCCUUAUGAAUUUGUAUUUAUUCUAAGGAAAUGAUGAUAGUUGUUUUUAAAAAUAUAUUCUUAAUAAUUCUUUUUCCUCAUUAUUUGCCUUUUUCUCAUAAAAGUGGAAUUAGAAUAAAGGUCCACAUCUUUAAUAAUUAUGGUAAGAUUGAUUUUAGUGUGUUAUAGAAAGUGUGCAAGUGAUACUGAGUGUAGAGGAUUGGUUAAGUAGUGGCUCUUUCAUUAUAUCUCAAUUCAUUUAUUCAGCCAAUAGUGAGUACUACUAUAGGUUAAACACUGCUGUGGGUGCAUUUGCUAUAGAAAUUGCAUAAAAUAAAAGUACAAUAUAUGUAUGGUAUGUUUGAUAUUGAAAAGUAACUUGGAGAAAAGGAGUAACAGUAUAAGGCAGGGUUAUGAAGGUGACACUGGAGACAAACAAAAAAGAUAGCUAUCUAGAGGAAGAAUAGGCGGUACAAAGGCUCUGAGGCAGGAACACACUUGGUAGGUUUCAGGAAUGUAAAGCGGCCAAUGUGGCUGGAACAGAUUGAGGGAGGAGAAGAGAAGUACCAGAUGAGAUCAGAAAGCUAAAAGGAAGCCAGAUGAUGUAGGGCCUGGUAAGCUACUGAAAUGACUCUGCUGUUUAUUCCUGGUAAGACUGCAAUGAAUGGUUUUGGAGAGAGAGAGAGGAGUGACAUGACAUUGUAAACAAUAUUUAUUCACUUAAUUUUAAAAUUAAUAUAAAAUUUUUAUUAAAAUAUACAGUAAAUUCACCCCUUUUAGACUACAGUCCUGAGCGCAUAUUAUGAUGCAACCACUACUGAAAAGUAUUGAACAGUUCUAUCAUUCUAGAAAAUUCCUGCAUGUGUCUUUGUAGACAACUCCUUAUUUCAACCCCAGUCCACCUAUUCAUCUGUUUUCUGUCCUUAUAUUUUCCCUUUUGAAGACUGUUCUAUAAAUGGAAUUAUGCCAUACAUAGCCUUUGAGUCUGGCUUUUUUCACUUAGCAUAAUAUAUUGGAUAUUCACCCGUGUUGUUGUGUGUUUCAGUAGUUUCUUUUUAUUGCAAAGAAAUAUUCCAUUGUGUGGAUAUAUCACAGUGUAUCCCUUUCUUUCCCAGUUGAGAGACAUUUGCAAUGUUUCAAGUUUUUGGUGAUUAAGAAUAAAGUCACUAUAAAUA